GCUCCUCUGAUAACACAGACUUUAUAAGUCAGAUGAGGGGAAAAGUCUCUCUGCAGAUCCUUGAUCCCCAGAAAAGUAAAUAUGCAUCUGAAGGUUUUGAUAAUCAGCUUGUCAUUCUUGACAUCCUCAGCAUUCCCACUUCACCGUAACACCAGAGGGGCAGUCUGGACGGAUUCAAAGACCAACCAGGCUCAUGACAAGACCAACCUCACAAAGGACAUGGACAAUCUCUACAAGAGUCACCUUGACAGCAACAGCCUGUACUACCAAGGAGACCAUGACAACAAGAACCCCAUGGCGGAGGAGAUGCAGCACAAACUCAACAUGGAGUCUGAGCGCCUGCGCACACGACUGCGCCAAGAGCUUGCGGAGCUGCGGGAGAGGUUGUCACCAUCAUCAGCAGCGGCAGCACACCUCAGCUCCAACCUGGCAGACAUGAGAGAACGCUUGCUUCCCCUCAUCCAGGAGCUCCACAGCUCAUUGAGCAGCAGCACUCAGGAGCUCUGCAGCCAGCUGAGUCUGGAGGCAGCAGAUGGUCAGGAAAAUGUUAAUCCAUCUCAAAAAGGGGAGGCUGUCCACUGGAUAACGCAAGCCCUGGAGCAGAGCAGGUCCAAGCUGGAUGACAUCAUUUGCCACUUCCAGACCAAGACAUUUGGGAUGCUGGAACGAUUGGCAGAGGUCAGUGCUGCUGAAGAAGAGUCAGACAAGUCAGAGCUCUGGCAGCUAAUGAGGUCCAGGGUAGAAAAGGAGGUCACAUCGCUGAGGGCAGAGGCACAGAAUAGAGUGGAAGUUCUCAAAGCAGAGAUGGCUGCCAUCACAGAAACAGAACUGUCUUUUAAGGCUGAAGUGACAGCCAGUGUGGAGCAGUUCUGCCACGGAGCAGCCUUGCUAAGUCAAGUGUUUGAGGAGAGGUUUUUUAAAGGGCUGGAGGAGGAUUUCACAGAGGCACACCGAUCCCCCAUCCCUUCCUCCACUUCCUCCAUGCAGCCUGCAGGUUCUCUGCAGGAGGACUUCUCAGUGAGACUCUCUGUUCUCAUCCAGGACAUUCUACACUCAGUGUAGUGACGGAGUGACACCGGUACAGAUUUGCACUUUUUCUUGGUAGGAAGCACUAGUUUUUAGACGCUCAAUUUUCAUGCAACACUAUUCUCACAUGGGGACACAUGGCUAACCUGUUUAUACAAAACCUACAAAACUGAAUUUUAUCAAAGCAACAUGUGUCUUUCUCCUAUAAAAACACUUUAAAAACAACUUUUAAAUUAAUAUUUUUUCUUUGUUUUUAUAUGAAAAUCCAUUUUGUUCACCCUGGGUUGUCCAAACUGUUUCCUGUCUGUUUUUGGCAGCAUGUAAAUAUAUAAAUGUAAAUACUGAUCACUGUAAGUUUUUUAAAUUUAAAAUGUGACCUUGGCAACUGUGUAUGGUGUAAUAAUGUGAAUGGAUAAAAGUUGUUAGCAUUUUAAUGUGUUCAUAAUCUUUAAAACACAUAUGUUCAUUUUAUUGAUUUAAAGUACAAAACUGUUUUCUAUACAAAUUACUACCAAAAAAUUAUGAACAACAAACAUCAGGUAGAUUGAACGACAUAUAUGGUCAGAUUAAAGUCUCAGUAAAUAUUAGAACAUUA